ACUCGUCCUUGGUCGAAGCUGUCUUUCAUUCAGUUAAGCAUCGCAACUCGUUACACGUACACCUUUUGCUUCUGGCAGAUAUAGGCGACCAGAUAUUCCAUACAGUUACAACCUACAUUUGAGUUGACCCAGAGCGCCCAAUUGCAAACUAAAAGGACGAAGUGUCAUUCAUACAAACGAGGAAAGGAGGCCAGGCCAGGCCCCUGUACCUACCUAGCUAAUCAAAGCUCCAUUCACUCCGUCUCGUGCGCCAUCACGACGACGACCACGACCACGACCAGAAACCACCUCUACAGACAGCAGCAGCAAUGGAAACACAACCAACAGACCCUCACCAACCAGACCCCCUCCUCUCCCUCCGGCGCGCCCUCUCCUCCUCCUCCUCCACCACCUCCGGCACCACCCCAUCCCCGAACCAACCCGUCCUCCUCACCUCCCCUACCCCCACACCCACAAACACAACCACAGACCUCACUGUGGCCACCCACCUGCACCUCCCAGCCACAUCGCAAUGCAUCCCGCUCUCAACGCCCACGCGCUUCAUCUCCGCCGCCGCAGGCAACAUCCCCAUCGACCUGCGCAGCAUCUACUUCGCCUGGCUGAAGCGGGACGUGGCGAUUCCGGAGUACAUUGCUAGUGCGCAGGCGGUGAAUGAGGGGAUUGGGGAGCGGUGGGGGAAAGAGGGGAAGGAGGGGAAGGAGGGGGCGGUGGGCAAGGUGGGCAAGGUGCUGCAUUUGGUGUUUGUCGAGCGCCUGGAUCUUAUUACGUGGUUGGAGGGCGCGUCGGAGGAUAGUGAGUAUAUUCGGCCGUUGGCGGGAGAUGUUGGGGUAGGAGAUGCGGGUGUCGGUGCGGCUACGCGCGCGGCGGAGGAUUCGGCGAAGGUUGCGUCGGGGGCGGCCGGGGGGGUAUCGACUAUUCCUAGUGCGGGUUCGGGGGCGCAAGGUGCUGGUGCUGGUGCUGGUGCUGGUGCUGGUGUUGGGGUUGGGGUUGGAGGGAGGCCGGUGCGGAGUGUCGACCCGCGCCUGCAGGAGAUUUAUAAUGGGGAGCGCAAGAUGGGGGAUCGGAAUAGUGUGCUUAGGGGGAUUAAGCCGACGGACUUCUCCCACGUCCGCAAAACCGCCGAGAUGUUCCUAGGCCGCAACCGCUCGCGCCCAGGCCCAACACGCACAGCAAACAUGGCAAAGCCAGGGCAUGAAACCCACCUCAACAUCCCUAUCCAACGGCGCGUCCCUAAUCAAACAACCGGGACCCCCCUCCUCCACAAACCCAUCCUCCUCCCGGCGUCCAAACCCCAUCAUCCUCCUCUCCCCCUCCGCCUCCUCCCUCCUGCGCAUGUCAAACAUCAGAUCCUUCCUCCAGGACGGCAUCUACGUGCCACCCGACCACCCAACCCUCGCCACCUCCACCGCCUCCAACCUCCUCCACAUCACCCGCACCCUUCAGACCCUCCCGGACCCAACCUCCAGCUCCAAACCCUCCUCCACCCCCGCCUCCACACCCGGCGUCUCCGGCCUCCACAACAACCGCAAACCCACCCGCUUCAUCCUCGUCGACAGCACCGCCGACUUCAAGCCGGACUACUGGAGCCGCGUCGUCGCCGUCUUCACCACGGGCCAGACGUGGCAGUUCAAAUCGUACAAGUGGUCCUCGCCGCCGGAGCUGUUCAAGCAUGCCACGGGCAUCUAUGUCGGGUGGCGCGGGGAGGAUGUGCCGAGGGAAGUUAAGGGGUGGGGCCGCGGCGUGCGCAGUUUUGCGAUCGACCGGUGGGAUGAGAAGAGUGCGAAUCUGGCUGUUUCUGGGGUGGGGAAUGCGGGUGGUGCUGGUGCUGGUGCUGUGGGGGGGCCUAGCGGGCGGUGGAGGGAUAGGGGGGUUGUGGAGGGGGUUUGGAUGGCGAUUGAGGAGGGGAUGAGGGCGAGGGGGUGGGGUGGAGGGAAGUGAA